AACGCCACGCAUAACCACAACUUGGACGAUGAUCAUCACGUUGCUGUUGGUGACAACCCUUCCUCUUCGUCGUCGUCGUCGAUGUUUUCAUGUGGAGCUUCCCACGACGAGGAUUAUCCACGUGCUGCUUUUGGUGCUGGAUUGUUUGGACAUAAUUUUAACGUUACUAAUAACUGCGGCCGCUGCUUGAAGGUGGCGAGUAUUCUAGGACGACGCGAAGUGAAGGUGCGUAUUGUUCACGAACGUAACGAUCAUGGGCUGGAACUCGACCUCCAUAGUUUCAAUCGACUGGAUGUGGAUGGUGGUGCAGAUGUUGAAGGCCAGCUUACGGUGAGGUAUCGGUUUGAAAGCUGUUGAACUUGAAGAAUCGGUAUAUAUGGUCUGCGCGACCUAAUGUGUUAUGGACAUGAGGACAUCUCGUUACAUGCAAUCAUAGACACUUUUUAUAUAUAUAUA